CUCACUGAUGUUUGCUGUCUGACUGUAAACAAGCACAAAGGAGUAAUAAGGACACGGACAAACAGAGAGGGAAGAAGGGAGUUUUGUGUCCACAUUUGGAUGGUGGGAACUUCAGAAUCCCAGGGACGUUUUUGAAUCUCUAUUUUAAGCUGAAGACAACUAGAGCAGGUCUGGAGUUUAUCCAUGAUGGAGUCCUUCCUCACACUGCUGCUGGCACUUGUGGCCUCUGCAGCUUCAGUGGAAUGGAGGCGUCCAAUAAUCAAAGUCAAUUCCAAGGUGGUGACAAACCCUGAGGUGGUGGUUAGGGUUGGCAGGCCUCUGGAUCUGAGGUGUGAGGGCAACGGUCCUGUGAGCUGGCAACCCAGGCUUGCCAAACACAGGCGAUUUAUGUCUAGAAGCAGUGGGAACGUCCGCAUCUUCAGGGUGGAACGGCCUUCGGCAGAAUUCACCGGAACAUACAAGUGCUUCUACACUGCCGGACCCAAAUCCAGUGAUCUGGCCUCCUCAUUGCAUGUAUAUGUAAAAGACCCCUUGCGAGUGUUUUGGACCAGUAGCACAUCUCUCCGUGUGGUAAGGAAGGAGGGUGAGAACUUCCUGCUACCCUGCCUGCUAACAGACCCCUCAGCCACUGAUUUGGGCCUUCGCAUGGACAACGGCACGACCGUGCCACCGGGAAUGAACUUCACUGUGGAUAGGCACCGUGGCAUCCUAAUCCACAACCUCCACCCAAGCUUCAAUGCCGAUUACGUUUGUACGGCUAAAGUCAAUGGACAGGAAAGAACCUCUAGGGCCUUUUCCAUCAACGUCAUUCAGAAGCUGCGCUUUCCUCCUUAUGUCUUCUUGGAGACUGAUGAAUAUAUACGAAUAGUUGGGGAAGAAAUUAAGAUUCGCUGCACGACACACAAUCCAAACUUUAACUACAACGUCACGUGGAAAUAUACCACCAAAUCGAACCCAACAAUAGAGGAGACUGUUCGCUCCAAUGGAGAGAAUCGUUUGGAUAUCCAGAGCAUCCUCACAAUCCCUGCGGUUGACCUCGCAGACACAGGAAACAUCUCCUGCAUUGGUACAAAUGAAGCCGGAGUGAACAGUACGACUACUUACCUGCUGGUUGUGGACAAGCCCUACAUCAGGUUGCUUCCCCAACUCUCACCCAAACUGGCCCCAAAGGGUCUUUCUGUUGUGGUCAACGAGGGAGAGGACUUGGAGCUCAGCUUGCUCAUUGAAGCCUACCCUCAUAUCACGGAGCAUAGAUGGCUGACUCCAACACCUCCGAACAAAUCCUCACAGGAGCACAAGUUCAUCCGAUACAACAACAGAUACCAUGCAACCCUGCAGCUGAAAAGAAUGAACAUACAGGAGCAGGGCCAAUAUACUUUCUAUGCAAGGAGUAAUUCAACCAAUGCAUCCAUCUCAUUUCAAGUCCAAAUGUAUCAGCGACCUAACGCGGUUGUUAGAUGGGAAAAUGUAACCACUCUGACUUGCACCUCAUUUGGCUAUCCGGCUCCAAGGAUUAUCUGGUAUCAGUGUGUGGGAAUACGACCCACGUGCAACGAAAACACCUCAGGGUUGCAGUUGGCCAUCCCUCUCAAGGCUCCCACUGUGGAAGUCCAGAGAGAAGAGUACGGCGCUGUGGAGGUGGAGAGUGUCCUUACGGUUGGACCUUCCAGCCAGAGGAUGACUGUGGAGUGCGUAGCCUUCAAUCUUGUUGGUGUGAGUCGAGACACACUCGCCAUGGAAGUUUCUGACAAGCUCUUCACCACCACCCUGAGUGGAGCGGCAGGCAUUCUGGCCAUCCUCCUGCUGCUGCUGGUUAUUCUGCUUUACAAAUACAAGCAGAAACCUCGUUAUGAAAUCCGUUGGAAGAUCAUUGAGGCCAGGGAUGGCAACAACUACACUUUCAUCGAUCCCACGCAGCUGCCGUACAACGAGAAGUUGGAGUUCCCAAGAGACAAGCUCAAACUAGGAAAGAUUUUAGGUGCAGGUGCAUUUGGAAAAGUUGUUGAAGCAACUGCUUAUGGUCUGGGAGAGGAGGACAAUGUCAUGCGUGUGGCUGUGAAAAUGUUAAAAGCCUGUGCCCACUCAGAUGAGAAGGAGGCUCUAAUGUCUGAGCUGAAGAUCCUGAGUCACCUGGGGCACCACAAAAACAUAGUCAAUCUGCUUGGGGCCUGUACUUAUGGAGGACCAGUACUUGUGAUCACUGAGUACUGCAGCCUGGGUGAUCUGCUGAACUUCCUACGCCAAAAGGCAGAGACUUUCGUAAACUUCGUCAUGAGUAUUCCCGACAUCAGCGAGAGCUGCAACGAUUAUAAAAACAUUUGUGUUCAGAAAAAAUUUAUCAGAAGUGACAGUGGGAUCUCCAGUGUGGCCUCAAGCACUUACCUGGAGAUGAGACCUUGUCAGUUGCCUAAUGCAGAACAAUCUCAAGACUGCGAGGAAACUGGUGACUGGCCACUGGACAUGGAUGACCUGCUGAGAUUCUCCCUUCAAGUCGCGCAAGGCCUUGAUUUUCUUGCAGCUAGAAAUUGUAUCCACAGAGAUGUCGCGGCUAGGAAUGUCCUCCUGACCAACCGCAGGGAGGCGAAGAUUUGUGACUUUGGUUUGGCCCGAGACAUCAUGAAUGACUCCAACUAUGUCGUGAAAGGCAAUGCCCGUCUGCCUGUGAAGUGGAUGGCACCAGAGAGCAUCUUUGACUGUGUCUAUACCGUGCAGAGUGACGUCUGGUCCUACGGCAUCCUCUUAUGGGAGAUUUUCUCUUUGGGUCAGAGUCCAUAUCCCAGCAUGGCAGUGGACUCCAGGUUCUACAAGAUGGUGAAGCGUGGUUACCAGAUGUCGCAGCCUGACUUUGCUCCCCUCGAAAUGUAUGCCAUCAUGAAAAUGUGCUGGAAUCUGGAGCCUACAAAGCGUCCAACCUUUAGCAAAAUCUCACAGAUGAUAGAAAAACUACUCGGCGGCCAUUUUGAGCAGGGGCAGGUAAUCUACCAGAAUCUGCAGCAGGAGGUCACAGAGGCCGAUGCGUAUGACCAGCCCAAGUGUCAUGAUGGCCCUUGUGACCAGUCUUGUGACCACGGCGAAGAGGAGCAGCCUCUGAUGAAGACAAACAACUAUCAGUUUUGUUGAAAUUGCCUCAAACAACAAUACAUUUGUGAAAAGAUUGACCACCAAAAUGUAAAAAAAAAAAAAGUAAAUAAUAAAA